CAUGUCAAAUACUAUCUUUUGCCUCAACCUUUUAAUACUAUUAUUUAGUCUUCAAUCUAAUCCUUUGGCCCACAUCAUCAUAAAUUCCAAUCUUUCGGCUGAUCCUCAAGCCCAUUUGUUAUUGUUUUCUGUUCUUGAUAAAUGGGGGAAACAGAAUCACACUUCUCAAUGCAAAGACAAAGAAUGUCAAAAUCCUUCUACUCUGAAUUUCCAAAGAACCAGACUGUUACAAGCUCUUGUAAACUCCCAUCAUUCUCUUGAACUUCAUUCACAAAAGCUUAAUCCUUAUUAUGGAAUGUGGAAGCAAUCCCCAUUGUAUGAAAUGCUGCAAACAUGGGCUGUUUGUAAUGUGUUUUCUUCUAUUCAGCCUUCCUUUACCUUCAGCAGCUCUUGGAGGAAAUGACACAGACAGGCUUGCAUUGCUUUCUUUCAAAUCUGAGAUAACUGUUGAUCCAUUUGGUUUGUUCAUCUCUUGGAAUGAAUCUGUUCAUUUCUGCAACUGGGAAGGUGUUAUAUGCAGUCAACAACAGAGAGUUACUGAGUUAAAUCUUCCCUCUUAUCAAUUCAUUGGUAAAUUAUCACCUUCUAUAGGGAAUUUGAGCUUCCUUACAACAUUAAACCUCCAAAACAAUAGCUUUGGGGGUGAAAUUCCACAAGAGAUAGGUAGCUUGAGCAGGAUGCAAGCAUUGGAAUUGGACAACAAUUACUUUGUAGGGGAGAUUCCCCCAGCCAUAUCAAAUUGCUCAGAGCUUCAAUACAUUAGAUUGUUAAACAACAAUCUAACUGGCAUGCUGCCAAUGGAACUUGGGCUGUUAACUAAACUUAAAGUAUUUCAGUGUUCUUCCAAUCAACUGUUUGGAGAAAUACCUGAAACACUUGGAAAUCUGUCAUCGCUCAGGGGUUUCUGGGCUACAUUGAAUAACAUCCAUGGAAGUAUUCCAAGUAGUUUUGGGCAGCUGAAAAAUUUGACAGCUCUUGUUAUUGGAGCAAACAAGCUGACAGGUACUAUCCCUUCCUCAAUCUACAAUAUUUCAUCUAUGAGAAUGUUAUCACUACCUGUGAACCAGCUUGAGGGUAGGCUUCCCACAGAUUUAGGUUUCAUCUUACCAAAUCUUCAGGUUUUAAAAAUCCAUACCAAUCAAUUCAGUGGACCAAUUCCUUUUACACUGUCCAAUGCUUCAAAACUAGUGGAGUUCAUGGUCUCAAAAAACAUGUUUUCUGGGAAGGUGCCUAGCUUGGCAAGCACAAGGCAUUUAGAGACUUUUGGAAUAGAAGGAAACAAUCUUGGACAUGGGAAUGUUGAUGACUUGAAUUUUUUGUUUUCUCUUGUUAACUGCACCAAUUUGAGUUCUGUAGUCAUCAGUGACAACAAUUUUGGUGGGGCACUACCAGAGUAUAUAAGCAACUUCUCUACAAAGCUCAGGAUUAUGGGAUUUGGUAGAAAUCAAAUCCAUGGAACAAUUCCAACUGAGAUUGGCAAUCUCUUUCAAUUAGGGGCAUUAGGACUAGAGACAAAUCAAUUGACUGGUUCUAUACCAAGCUCACUAGGGAAACUAAACAAACUGUAUGAUUUGUUUUUAAAUGGAAACAAACUCUCAGGGGAAAUCCCUCAAUCUCUUGGAAAUUUGUCUGCACUUGGGAGAUGCAAUCUGAGGUUAAACAACUUAACUGGAGCCAUACCACCAAGUCUAGGAGAAAGCCAAAAUUUGCUAAUGCUGGCACUUUCUCAGAACCAAUUAUCUGGUGCAAUACCAAAAGAAUUGUUGAGUAUAUCAUCUUUAUCAAUUGCUCUAGAACUGUCUGAGAAUUAUUUGACUGGCUCCAUUCCAUUGGAAGUGGGCAAGUUGGUAAACCUUGGCUAUUUGCAUAUUUCUGAUAACUUGUUAACUGGGGUUAUUCCCUCUACUCUCAGUGCCUGCACAAGCUUAGAAGCUCUAUACUUGGAUGGAAACUUCCUCGAGGGACCUAUACCUGAGUCUUUGAGUUCUUUGAGAGGUAUCGAAGAACUCGACCUUUCUCGCAACAAUUUGUCAGGGAAAAUUCCGAAUUAUUUGCAGGAGUUUAAAGUUCUGAACUAUUUAAAUUUAUCUUUCAACAAUUUGGAAGGUGAAGUUCCUACUCAAGGAGUGUUCAAAAACACAACUGCGUUUUCCGUUCUUGGAAAUAAGCAACUUUGCAAUGGUAUACAUGAAUUAAAUCUACCAAGAUGCAGUUUGGAUAAUCCCAGAAAGCAGAACUUGACUACCAAACUGAAAGUAAUUAUCUCAGUUGCUGGUGGAUUGGUGGGAAGCCUUCUGGUCAUUUGUUGUCUGCUCUUUUUUUGGUCAAGGAAGAAAAGAAAUAAGUCAGAGUUGAGUCCAUCACUGAAGGCUUCCUAUUUUGUUGUAUCUUAUAAUGACCUUUUUAAGGCCACCAAUGAGUUUUCUCCCAACAAUCUAAUUGGAGUUGGCGGUUAUGGGUCCGUCUAUAAAGGAAUUCUUAGUCAAGAUGGAAGUGCUGUUGCAGUUAAAGUGUUCAACCUUCAACAUAGGGGAGCUUCAAAGAGUUUUCUAGCAGAAUGUGGAGCCCUUAAAAGCAUUAGACAUCGUAAUCUUGUCCGAAUUCUUUCUGCUUGCUCGGGAGUCGAUUUUCAAGGAAACGAUUUUAUGGCAUUGGUGUUUGAUUUCAUGGUUAAUGGGAGCCUAGAGAAGUGGUUGCAUCCAGUUGAUGAUUUGAACCAGGAAGGGGAGCAGAGGUAUUUAAAUAUUAUGCAAAGGCUAGAUAUUGCCAUUGAUGUGGCUAGUGCUCUGGAUUAUCUGCAUAAUGGUAGCCCCAUGCCAAUAGCUCACUGUGACUUAAAGCCAAGCAAUGUUCUUUUGGAUGCUAACAUGACUGCUCAUGUUGGAGAUUUUGGAUUGGCAAAAUUUAUGGCUGGAACUUCCUUCCAGAACAAAUCAACCGAAAGCAGAUCCAUUGGCAUUCGAGGCACAGUUGGAUAUGCUCCUCCAGAAUAUGCCAUGGGAAGCAAGGUUUCCACACAUGGCGAUGUGUACAGUUAUGGCAUACUAUUGUUGGAGAUGUUCACUGGAAAGAGACCAACUGAUAAUAUGUUCAAAGAUGGCUUGACCUUGAACAACCAUGUUCUUACAGCCUUACCUGAAAGGGUACAAGAAAUUGCAGAUCCAACAAUGGGCCUUCAAGAACUGAAGGGAAUAGGCAACAGUAAUGGCAUGCUUAAGAACCACAAUGUUCUUGAGGCUUUACCCGGCCGAGUAGAACAACUAUCGGAUCCAACAUUGAGGCUUCAAGAACUGGAGGGAACAGGAAACAAAAAUCUUAUGUUUCAGGCUAAUCAAUCUCUCAGAAUUAAAGAGUGCUUGUUUUGCAUUUUCAGCAUAGGAGUUGCAUGUUCAGCUCAAAUGCCUAGUCAGAGAAUGAAUAUCAAUGACGUUGUUUCCCAACUAUGCCUUGCAAGAGAAAAUUUUUCAUAGGGCUUAUGAGCAUAUACCUUGGAAAAAAUGAGCAAGCUGUCAAGCCUCACUGAACAUUAGCUUCUGCAAAACCAUGUCCUGAGAUUGUAUUUUGUCAAUACUUUUUAAUAGAUUCAUGUCGUUGUCUCAGAGGUUCUUUUUCUUAGAUAAACCAGGUAUAGAUAAGAUAGAUAUGCAAUACCAUACAUUCGUAUACCUUUUUAUGCAAGGAAGAUUGAAAGUUAUGCAAAAAUUUAAAAUCCUUUUACAGUUUUAUUCUGAAGUUUGGUCACAUCAGCAAACUAACAAACUUAUAUUAGUUUUGUUGCAGAGAAAGAAAUACGGAUAUAAUGAACUGAAUCAACUUACGGUAGUUGGAAGGGUAAGCUUGUUUAUAAUACUUUGAAUAAUUGUACAGAGGUUGAGAUUGCUUGUAUAAAAAAGUUUAAGAUUGCUUCAAACUCUGUUUUAGAACAUAAUUAUAAUUAUGUUUUGUCAUAAAGAACACUUUAUUUACCAUAUUUUAUACCAAAAUUCUUUCGGUAAUGAGAAGAGUUUAAGCUCAAGGAUGAUCACUUCAAUGGCACGAG